AUGGGUGGAAAGACUUGGUCUAUAGACGAAGAACGAAUGCUCUGGGAAGUCGUUGUCCCUCGCUCAGUAGCUGCUGCUAACCCAGUUGAUCGACGUAUGAGCUGGGAGCAAUGCGCGAAAUAUAUGAACGACAAUGCUGGUGACAUCGCUCAACGCAACUAUACUAAGAACAUGUUAUACGAGCAUCACUACCAGAACAUUGUCAAGGGCGGUUCUUCCCCGAAUGCUGGUCCAUUUGUCGAACGGCAUCUACGCUUGAUCGAAUGGUACAAGAACCAUAGAUCGCCUCCACCGGCUAGCCCCCCUCCAGUUCCACGAACCCCUCAAAACCCUGAACUUACUGCCCUUUUGAGCCAGCAGUCGAAGCCAAAGAGACGACGGGGCAAGAAUGCAGCCAAGACCCGACUCGUGGAGAAUCGAAAUGCACUGCCCACUAUCGAUGAGGAUGGACCUGGACCUGGACCUGGGCUUGAACGGAGUGGCUCAGGCACACCCAACGUCCCAUAUGUUCGUUCAUACGCUCCGUACGAAGGGGCCCAGCAGCAGUCUUUUGAAGAAAACCAGUCACCCCCAGUUGACCCGAGGGCGAAGUAUGCACUCGAUUUUCGCCCGCUGCCUAGAACACAGGCCCCCCAGGGACCUCAAGGAACUCAAGGGCCUCAGGGAAGGGGCCUGCCUUCUAUCCGUCAAGCGUUUCCUUUCAUCAACUUUAGGCAGCCUCUGAACUCUGCCCCUUUUGGGGAGACAUCACAUCAGACUGGCAAGCGCGGCUACAGUGGUGGUCAGGACCAGAAUCAGGCCCCUAAGCGACGAAGACUUCCUGAUCACCCUGUCCCCCGUCAAAGCAACUCGCAGCAACCGAGCCAGAGAAAAUAA